AUGGAACACAAUGGAUCUGCUUCAAAUGCUGGUAAAAUCCACCAGAAUCGGUUGUCAAGUGUGACUGAAGAUGAAGACCAAGACGCAGCUCUCACUAUCGUGACUGUGCUGGACAGGGUGGCCACCGUCGUGGACAGCGUGCAGGCAAGCCAGAAGAGAAUGGAGGAGAGGCACCGAGAAAUGGGAAACGCGAUCAAGUCUGUCCAGAUAGACCUGCUGAAGCUCUCACAGUCACACAGCAACACGGGCUACGUGGUCAACAAGCUGUUUGAGAAGACCCGGAAGGUCAGCGCUCACAUUAAAGACGUGAAGGCUCGGGUAGAGAAGCAACAGGUUCACGUCACCAAAGUCGAGACCAAGCAAGAAGAAAUCAUGAAGAAGAACAAGUACCGCGUGGUGAUCUUCCAGGAGGAUAUUCCCUGCCCCGCAUCCCUGUCUAUUGUUAAAGACAGAAGCCUGCCCGAGAACCAGGAGGAGGCCGAGGAAGUCUUCAAUCCCCCCAUAGAUCUCUCGUCGGAUGAAGAAUAUUAUGUUGAAGAGAGCAGAUCUGCCCGGCUUAGAAAGUCAGGCAAGGAACACAUUGAUCAUAUUAAGAAGGCGUUCUCCAAAGAAAACAUGCAGAAGACACGGCAGAAUUUUGACAAGAAAGUGAGUGGAAUUAGAACCAGGAUAGUCACUCCCGAGAGGAGAGAGAGGCUUCGGCAGUCGGGAGAGAGGCUUCGGCAGUCGGGAGAGAGGUUGAGGCAGUCAGGGGAAAGAUUUAAGAAAUCAAUUUCAAAUGCCACCCCCUCAAAGGAGGCUUUUAAGAUUCGAAGCCUUAGGAAGACGAAGGACCCCAAGGCUGAAGGCCAGGAGGUAGACAGAGGGAUGGGCGUGGACAUCAUCUCAGGCAGCCUGGCUCUGGAGUCCAUCCACGAGUUCCACUCUGAUGAGUUCAGUGAAACAGAGAAGGAGGUGACCAAAGUAGGGUACAUUCCCCAAGAAGGAGGGGACCCCCCAACGCCUGAGCCUUUGAAGGUGACCUUUAAACCCCAGGUGAGAGUGGAGGAUGAUGAGUCGCUCCUGUUGGAGUUAAAGCAAUCCUCAUAG